AUGAAGCCUUCAACCUUCCUUGCUCAUGUGGCGGUUCUCACCCAGGCAGGAAGCUCUUUGGCGUCGAAACAGGAAAACUGGUGUCAACAGGUGGGUACGGGUUCUGUCUACAUCGGGGGCCAGCCCAUUGUAGUUCAGUACCGCUAUAACCUCAACGCCUACAACGUCACGGAAGACAUUCCAACCGUAUGCGGCAGGCUUUGGAAGGAACUGAGGCAGUUUUGGACGUGCGGAGUCUGGUCAUUUACUCGUUUCAAACACUACUGCCGCCAGGCGGACAAUGGAUUGCUCCAAUGGGAGUUCGAAACCGGACUGGGUUGCAACAUGGGAAUGAUUGAGGCAACGUGGUGGGACGCUACAAAGCACAAGUUUGGAGCCGCCCCAUGUGAGAAGGCCUAA